AUGCUCAACACGUGCAGGGACGACAAUGAUGUCUUCGGGCACAUGAAUAAUCCCAAGUAUGGUGUGUUAUGCGACAGCAUAGCCAACCAAUACUUGAUCGACAAAUGUGACUACAAGACCUCGAAAAGUCCCCAAGCAGCAAUCAUCGUUAACACGUAUUUCGACUACUUUGGUUCCGUUGAGUAUCCCGGUGUAUUAGAGCUUGGACUUCGCGUUGCCAAGCUUGGAAAGACCAGCGUUGUUUACGAGGUGGGAGUAUUCAAGAAGGGAGAUGAAGUUGUCAAAGCAGUUGGUGGAUCAAUGCAUGUUUGGGUGGAGGCAAAGGAUGGCAAGCUAGGUCGACCAGCCGAGCAAGGAAUGCCCUCAAACGUGAGAAAGGGGUAUCUCGCCUUGACUGAAGACGGAGCACAGAAACCGAAACUGUGA